GACACUUCACUAGCUGAAUACAAAGAUAAAAAUCGAAGACAGAACGUGUAUGAGGGCAUUAUUAAAACACUAAAUUUUGAGGGAAUUGAAAUUGCUGAACUGAAACAAAAAAUAAAUAACUUUCGUUCAACUUAUCUCCAGGAGCUGAAAAAAAUUGCAAAUUCAAAGCGAUCUGGAACUUCUGGAGAUAGUAUUUACAAACCAUCUAUCGUAUGGUUUCAUAUGGCAGACUCCUUUUUACGUCCUCAUGUGGCUCAAAGGAAAACUCAAAAUAAUUUGGUUUUAAAAGCAAAUGAAGGCAAUUCUGAAGGUGCUGCAACAACAGAGUGGGAAGAAAGCACAGAUUGUGAUGAGCUUACACUAGAUAAUAGCUUACCAUAUGAAGUGCAGAUGGAGCUGCACAAUCAUCUGGCUUUGCUCUGCCAUAUUGAAGUUAAAAAAAAUACGGAAGUUGCAAAAUGUGCUCGCGAAGAACACGUGUUCGACACAUUUGGGAAAAGUGUUGCAGUCCAGUUGAAAGCACUGCCAAUGUGUGAUGCACUGGAGCUGCAAAUUGAAAGCCAAACUUUGAUUUCAAAAAAAUUAAUUGAAAAAGAAGAGAGACAGUUGUUAGUUGUGACAGUUUUGCCACAAUUAAAUGAAAGUGGCACAUAUGAUACAAUUUAUGUGCCUCAUAUAUAAAUAAAAUUAAUUUUAAUAA